AUGGAGAAAGGCGAAGCGAAGAGUAAGAAAGCUGGAGGAGCUCGUCUCUGCUGCAUCUGUAACGAGAGACGACCCGUCCUCAAAAGACCAAAAACCCUUCAACAAAUAUGCAGAGAGUGCUUUUACGAUGUCUUUGAGGAAGAGAUUCACCAAGUCAUAAUCAAGAACAGGCUUUUCAAGUCCGGUGAGCGUGUUGCUAUAGGUGCCUCUGGUGGAAAAGAUUCAACGGUGUUGGCUUAUGUAUUAUCAGAGCUAAACAGACGUCAUGGUUAUGGAUUAGACCUUUUUCUUUUGUCCAUUGAUGAAGGGAUUACUGGUUAUCGUGAUGAUUCUCUUGAGACUGUUAAAAGAAACGAACUUCAAUAUGGGUUGCCUCUUCAGAUUCUUUCUUACAAAGAUCUGUAUGGAUGGACGAUGGAUGAUAUUGUGAAGAUGAUUGGUCUGAAGAAUAACUGCACCUUUUGUGGUGUAUUCCGUCGUCAGGCACUUGAUAGAGGAGCUGCGUUACUGAAAGUAGAUAAGCUAGUGACUGGACAUAAUGCAGAUGAUAUAGCUGAAACGGUUCUCUUAAACAUACUUCGAGGAGAUAUUGCUAGCCACACGUAUGCUUAUUUCAAGAAGCUGGACUACUUCUCAACCGAAUGCAUAUACUCUCCUAAUGCUUAUCGCGGGUUCGCCCGUGAGUUCAUCAAAGACUUGGAAAGACUAAGGUUCUAGUUCAAUUUUUUGUUGUUUAUAUUAGUUAUAACCAGAUAAGAAAGUAAGUCUCUAACUUAUAUUAUUAUAUCAACCUUUAGGCCAAGAGCUAUUCUGGAUAUCAUCAAAUCUGGUGAAGACUUCAGGAUUGCCACAACCACAAAAAUGCCUGAGCAAGGGACGUGUGAGCGAUGCGGUUACAUAUCUAGCCAGAAAUGGUGCAAAGCUUGUGUGUUGUUGGAAGGAUUGAACCGUGGUUUGCCUAAGAUGGGCAUUGGAAGAGCUCGAGGAGGAGUCAAUGGUGGUGAUCACAAGAAGGAAACAAAGGCUGUGAAAUCUCUAGAGAGCAAACAAUGUGGGUCUCUGGAUUUCUAAAUUAAGAGAGAGAGAUGCUCUAAAAAUGCAGAAACUGUUAAGACACAAUAUUGUUGUAGAAAGAAAUGCCGCUUGAGAGAUUUUUGAACCAGCAGUGUUACUCCAUUAAUGAGCCAGCUGGUCAACUUGACUAAAUUCAAUCCAGCCUGGUUUUGAGGAGUAAUAAUAGUUGACAAUCAUGCCUUAACUAUUCCACCUACAUCUGCUGACUUGAAUUGGAAGAAAAAAAGCUGCUUAGAUUUAUAUGAUUUUUCUUUUAGAAAAAGUGAUAAACUAGAUGCUUCACCUUAGUGACAAACCAAAAUAAUGUUUUUAAUAUCUG